CAAACACUGCGGGUGUACACGCAUUUGGUUUAUUAUUCACGGUCUGUAGCCUGCGCUACACUGUGAGUUCCUGUGUUUUCGUGGUUAAAACAGUGUCAAGUUGUAUUUCAGCGAUCCAUCGCCUCAGCUUGCAGGGACAUGCGGCCGUUUAACCCCGACAGAGUUUACUCUCUGUCCCGUUGAUGCUCUAUAAACACAAAGACCGUUGUGCAGCUUCAGGUGCUUUUCCAUUUCUUAGUAUUUCAUUGCUCGUGCGUGAUGUAUUAACGUUACUGGAACAGACGUUGAUAAUACCGGGUGUAUAAACGCUCUUGCUCAACGACCAGCUUUCCUCAUCGGAUAUUGCACUUGCCUCCAUCUAUUUAGCGACAUUCACAAGUGGUGCAAUGCUACCGACAAGCUCAUUGUCCAACAGGAAGUAAACGGAAACGCCCACUGUCACCAUCAGCCAUCCAAGCGGUGAACUUUUACGCAUUAUAGCCCAUAUUGUGGGCAAAACAAGUGUAACUGCUUUUUGGGAGUGAGACAUGAUGGAUGCUCUGGACUCUUUGCAAAGUUCAUCUUUGGAUUCCAAAGCUGAACGUAUCGCUCGCUACAAGGCCGAGAGAAGACGGGAGCUGGCUGAACGCUACGCCAACUUGGAAGAAAGUUCAUCUAAGUACACGAGAAAAGAAAGACACCUGGACACCUCAGAUACAAGACCCAGCUCUGAGCAGAAGGCAGAUGCUUCUGGAUUGUGUCAGUCUAGUAAAGAAAGCAGCAUCCUCAGUGAGCAAGGAGAAGAAAGCAAGACCAAUUCAAAUCUUAUGAUGGAUGCCACACCAUCCUCCAAGAUCUCCAAAGCUCACACCGAUGAGGACAACCAAGUUUCAAGAUCACGCCAAAAGCACAGUCUGUUGGAAGCAGAGGAAGCCCAGAAGCCAAAGGAUGACAGGAAAGGCGAUGAUGACGCCAACAGCAGUAUUCCUGCCAAGAUGUCUCUUUUGAAAGGGCCCAACAAGACCGACAUCUCCCCCACCCCGACGAACCGUGUAGAAGAGGUUACCCACAAUGCCGAGCAAGAAAAGGACCAAAUCAGCAGCGAAAGGAGAAAAGUUUCCACCAGCCAUUCCUUCUCCUCAUCAGAUGGUGAGAAAAGGCCUACAGAAAGCAAAAAUGUGAGACAGGAUGAGUCAUCCUCUGCAGGAGAGGAAGACGAGCAGAAAGAAGAUGACAAGGUUAAGCAGAGCACACAGAAACCGUCAGUGAAGUGUUAUUCUGUGAGCACAGACGGGUUGGAUCUUCACUCCAGAGCUCUAGAGGUGGAUGAAGAACCAAAAACUCCUGCACCAGCCCUCCAGAGACAGGACUCCAGUCAGCGCAGUAUUAAAGGCAUUCUAAAAAAGAGCCGCUCCACUGGCCUGGACGCAGAACCACCGGAGCCCGAGCGAAUCACGACUCCUGUCACCAAAACCAGUAAGGAGCCGACUGUCGUUGAUGGAAAGGAAGAGGAUAAGGAGGAUGAAGAAGAAGAGUAUAAAGAGGGCAGGAGGCUUCAGAGAGAGGAAAGCAGCUCAAGUGAGACUCCUCGCACUCCUUCUCCAGAUUCUCUGAGCAAAACACCCUCCAUUUCCCAAUCUGAAGAGGGGGAGGAGUCAGAGAGCAGCCUGGAUGGGAGCAAAGAGAGGCUGGCGGAGAUAAAGAGUGGUGAAGAUGACAGGAGGAGCAAACUAAAGAAGUAUAAAGCCGAUGUGGUCCAGAAGUCCCUGGCUGACCGCUGCUCACAGCUGCAGGAAAGCGAGACCGCAUGGAAAAAGAAGAAAUCUGGUGCGGAUGUAGAGCCAAAGAUGUCUCUGGCUGAGCGGAUGAAGGUCUUGCAGGAGAAGGAGGAACAGUGGCAGGCCAAAGGCAAAGGAGCUUUCAAUGACUCCACCCAGUUUUCCGUGGCUGGCCGAAUGGCUAAGAGAGGCUUGGUGUCACCUCAGAGAGAAGAUCUGCCUAUCAUCAUCAGCAAAAAGAACAGCAACAGCACACCAGUCAAACCAUUGGAAGAAAUAUCAAGCCGUCCUGAUGCUGAGGGAGAUAAGAGACUUGACAAACUGGAAUCAUUCUUGGACAGACUCCACAAUAAAGGUGUGCCGGGCUCUAAGAACUCCACCAUUGAGGUCACUGAGGAGAAAGAGAAGGAGGUGAUGACACUAGACGAUGACGAGACUUUUGGGAGAUUCUACAGUUCAAUAUCGCCCACCACGCUGAGCUCUUCUUUUAUUCUGGAUGAAGAAGAAGACUUCAGCGUCUUCCAGUCAGACACGCCGAAACUAACAUCAGCUGUUGAGGAGCAUAAGCGUUCUGUGCGGCCCUGCAGGAGAACAAAGAGCUCGAGGAACCCUCUCCGUGCCCUGGCAGCUCGAGAUGACCUCAGGCAGACGUACACCGAGCAGAGGCUCAACGUGGCCUCGGUGGAGACCAAAAGGAUACAAAUGGAGCGGAUGGCUAAGCACUCGAAUCUGGCUGAUGCUGCAUUGGCAGGUCUGGCCAGCAAAGAGAACUUUAGGAAAGUCAACUUGAGGAGUGUGAAGUCUACAGAAGUGGUAACCAAUAACAGCGCAGUGCCUUUCCACAAGCUCAUGCUCAUACUUAUUAAAGGGCGCAGGCACGUUCAAGUGCGUCUGGUUGAACCCACAGCCCGCUCUCUCAACAGUGGAGACUGCUAUAUGCUCAUCACUCCCAAACACUGCUUCCUCUGGUGUGGAGAAUUUGCAAAUGUCAUUGAAAAAGCCAAGGGCUCAGAGAUGGCCCAAUACGUUCAGACUAAGAGAGAUCUUGGCUGCAAGGCCUCACAGGUUACCUUGCUUGAAGAAGGUAUUAACACUGAGAAUCGUUCAGCCAAAGAGUUCUGGAGUCUGCUGGGAGGAAAGACUGAAUACAGAGGUGCAGGAGAGCCGGAGGAAGACGAACUUUUUGAGAGUGCUAUAGAGGAGUCAAACGGUGUCUACAGGCUGCUGGAGGAUAAACUGGUUCCUUAUGAGGAGGCCUGGGCUUCUAUCCCCAGCGUCUCUCUGCUCAACUCAAAAGAGGCGCUGGUGUUUGACUUUGGUAGCGAGGUGUAUGUCUGGACGGGGAAGGAUGUUCCUCUGAGCGACAGGAAGGUGGCGGUACAGCUUGGCAAACAGCUCUGGAGCGGGCCGUACGACUACAGCACAUGCAGGGUCAACCCUCUUGACCCCUCCUCGGCUGAUAAUGACACUCCCAAACAGGGUGAAGGAAGGCCGAGCUGGGCCCUGUUUGGCCGGCUGUCAGAACACAAUGAAACCGCUCUAUUCCGAGAGAAAUUUCUAGACUGGGCCGAGAGGAAACCCAACAAAGAGGAACCAGCGGCAGAGGAGGUGAAGAGUCCUGUGAAUCACCAACUUCCGACCUGUGACUCCGAUUUGAAGCCUUGUGAUGUGUCAGAGAUGUUGGAGGGCGGGCAAGGCCCUGUGAGUAUGUUGUUGGAAGGCGUGAAUGUUCACAGAGGCUACGGAUUGAUUCGUUCCGAGGACGGGAGACAGGCGGAGCUGGCCACCGUAGCUGUGGACGCUUGGCACAUCCGUGAGUUUGAUGACUUUGAGAUUCCGCCAGAAAGCGUUAGUCAGCUACAUGAGGGCGACACCUACGUCAUCCGCUGGAAGUACUCCGUCACUAAUGUUGUGGGUAAAAGACAAAAGCCUGGUGAAGUGAGCACGGCUGGGCCAGGCAGGGAGCGUACCGCGUGCUUCUUCUGGCAGGGACGUCACUCCAGCGUCAGUGGACGUGGAACAUCUGCUCUCAUGACGGUCGAGCUGGGCAACCACAGGGGGGCACAAGUGCUGGUCACACAGGGGAAAGAGCCGCCCUGCUUCCUGCAACUUUUUCAGGGUGGGCUAAUCAUCCAUCAAGGUUCGAGGGAGGAUAGCUCGAAUAACACGGGUGACUGGCGAUUUUUCUCUGUGCGUGGAGAAACAGUGGUGGAGGGAUGUCUGGUCGAGGUGGAGUGCUCUUGUGCCAGUUUGCGUUCUCGUGCAAGUUUGGUGCUGCUGGGGGUCCAGAAUGGGCAGCUUUACCUGUGGCACGGCUGUAAGGCUCAUCCCGGAGCCCGGCAGGUGGGCAAAAGGACUGUGGAGCGACUCACUCAGAUGUGUCCUCGUGAACUGGGUUUGAACAGUAACAGCAGUUUGAAGGUUCAUGAAAUAGAGGAAGGAACUGAGCCGGAGGAAUUCUGGGUAGCUCUUGGCAAGCAGGAUAGGAAGGCCUAUGACUGCAUGCUGGAAGAUCCAGGCAAGUACAGUUUCACGCCACGUCUUUUUCAUCUGAGUGCCAGCGGUGGAAAUUUUAAGGCAGAAGAGCAGUUCGGCCCAACCCAGGUGUCGGGCACCGUCAUGGCAAUGCCAUUCCUGCAGGAGACUUUGUAUUCAGCCCCUCAGCCUGCUUUGUUUUUGGUGGAUAACAAGAUGGAAGUGUACCUAUGGCAAGGACAGCAGCCGGAAGAUGCAGAAUGUACUGGCUCGGCAAAGAGCCGCUGGGACAGUGAAAGGAAGUGUGCCAUGGAGACGACGCUUCAGUACUGCCAAGGGAGGAACUCCAGACGACCUCCUCAGGCUUACCUGAUCCUGGCUGGGGCAGAGCCGCUCACCUUCACCAACAUCUUCCCUUAUUGGGAGAAAAAGUCUGACAUUAAAGUGCAGGUUGAAGGAGCCCGUAAUAAAGUGAUACUGGUUAAAGAUGCUCUGUCGAAACUCAGCAGACAGCAGUACAGCCUACAGGAGCUCACAUCAAAACCCUUGCCAGAGGGAGUCGAUCCUCUACGCAUCGAGUGCUACCUGUCCGACAAAGACUUCCAGAGUGCUUUGGAAAUGACACGGGAUGAAUUUCACGCACUCCCGAACUGGAAACAACUCAAUCUGAAAAAGAGCAAAGGCCUCUUCUGAAUUGAAAUACUCUCUUGUCUGCAGUCUGUUGUAUAUUCACUUACAGUCAUGAUCUACUAAGAAAUUGUUUAUUUUCUCUUUGCUUUUUACACACAUUUUUAAUGUAUAGCACCAAUAUGUACAGUAUGAAAUAUCUUCUUACAGAUGUAGUAAAAACUUACUUUAUCCCCAAGUAGCUUUUGGUUAAAAGACUUUUCUACAGAUUUUAAGUAUGCUAAAGUGUAUGUUUUGGGAAUAACGUGAAGCAUAUCGACAUAAAUCUAUGUCUAGUACAUGCAAGAAUUAUAAAUAUGUAUAAUAUUUUAUUGUUUUAACCCUGUUGCUGUCAAAGUGUGACCUUAAAAAUGCAGUAAACACUAAUUAUGAAAAUGAAUGUUAAACAAGUUAAAACACAUGGCCUUCACAAUGAAAAGUGAAUCGCUCUUUUAAAAACAAUAUGUGUGCGCAUAUUAAGUGCGCUGUCACUUGCAUGUUCAUAAAUAAAGAUACAGUGUUAUGUGA